GAUCUAGCGCGUAGGCUUGAUGUCAUAAUGUUCUACAUUCAGGUCAUGCUGAAAUUGUGAAUUUAUUACUCGACAAUAACGCUGAUAUUGACGCUCGUGACGUUAAUGAUUCAGCGCCGUUACAUUGCGCAGCCACAUUGUCACAAAUAAAACAAGACGACAACAACGAUACGGAGAAGGUGGCGGAACAUCCGUCCGUGAAAGUUUUAAACACGUUGAUGAAAUACGAAGUUAAUUUACUUGCGCGUGAUGGAUACGGUCACAAUUGUCUUGAAGUCGCCAUUAAGUCAAAAAAUUUUGCCUUUGUUCGUACGCUACUAUUGCCAGAACAUGAUCAGAUAUGGCAUAAAUUGAUGAGAAAUGCCCAGAUUAAGGGGGAAGUGGUCCAUACCCCAAUGAGAAAAUUUGUCCAUUACAUGCCGGAGUUAACGUGCGAAGUAUUGGAUAAGUUUAAACAAGAUAUUGGGGGUGAACAUGAAAAAAUAUACAAGAUCGUGUGUAAUUUUGAAUUUUUGGAAGAUGCAUGUUCGGUUAGAGAAUGGCAGUUAGGUAGAGUGAUAGAGAAAAGUCUAAUCUUUUUUAGCUGCAUGUUAUUUGUUCAGGACAUAAACAAGCCCAGAAUUAUGAGGAGCGAGAAGAAGUCAUCAACAAACACAUGAGUGGCAGGUUUUUCUCCUGGAUUCGUCGAGGUAGAUUGCGGUAUCGGGACGACACAACGUUAAGGAACGAGAUAAAACAUGCAUACACAAGCAAUCCGCAUGCUCUCGUCAGCCCAAGCAAAAAAAUGCCUUUGAGAUUAUCUAGCUAUAAAAAUAUGUUAUCGGGCAAUAUCGGCUUGUGAUAGCUAGCUAUCCGUACCACUUUUAUUGUAUUAGCUAGCUAUAUCGAGUAUGAUAGCUAGCGAGUAGAUAUCGUACCCGAUAUAUCGGGUUGACGAAAAACACUGAUCAGAGUAGCUAUUUAGUCGAUAUAUUGAUCGAUUAUUGCCCGAUAUAUUGUGGACAGUGUCUGAUGCCACUGAGUCACUAGCUAUGAAAGUAGAUAUAUUGCACAAUUAUUGCCCGGUAUAUUGUAUGGAUAGUGCCCAAUCCAAUUAUGCACUAGAUAUUGAACGAGGUAUAUUGAUCGAUUAUUGCACGAUAUAUUGACUUAUG